AUGCCUCUUGGGGGCCAGCGUACACCGAGAGGCUGCUACCCAGUGGAUGAGCAGGGUCAGCACAGAUGUGAGGCCAUGAAUGGAUCGGAAUGGCAAAGGUGCUACAAGGAAGCUUUGUCACUAGGCAGUGAAUCUGCCGAACAAGGAGCAGCUCUUCUGGUAAUCUUUGAGGCAGCUCAGAGUGCCUGCCUCGCUCGUGAUCUGGACCCCGCCGGUAGCGACCGGAUGAAUGUGUAUCAUGUAGGCUCCAGCACAAGCUCUUUGCACGAUGACAUGCCAAGGGCUCAGUUGCCACCGAGUCGGCACUGUGAGAGUGAAAUCCGGGGGAGCCCAUAUGUGACCUGGUAA